UAAAGACAACAUCAGUUCUUUAGACUCCAAACACGAUGGUUGUGUUCGAACCACUGGACGACCCUUUAAAGGUUCUGCCACUGCCUCUGAUGUUGCUGGCACUGCUCGGAGUGAACAAGAACCCGUCCGAACGGUUCCGUCUUUACGCCAUCUACGCCUACCUUUCCAUUGCGUUGUUCAUACCUAAACUCUGCCUAGGAUACGAAACCAUUCCUCAAUGCUUCCGAAGCAUCGCCGAGGGUAUGUUUUCGUUCAACACUACCAUCACCUUCAUUAUGUUGCCCCUAAAGAUGGACAACUUGGAAGGCUUGCUUAAAAAUCUAAAGCGUUUUACCGAAAUCGUUAUCAUCAAUGAAGACUACGAACAGAUCCUGAUUAGACUCAACACGGCAAUACAUAAGUUUACCAAGUAUUACUUCAUUUUUACAAAUGGGAUCGUCUUUGCCAUGACCAGCAGCACGAUUGCAGGAAUGUUCUAUACCUACUACACGAAAGAUUCGGAACGCUCCACAGCAUUUCCGCUCGUAUUUGAAAAUCGUCUCUACUUGAUAGACUCGCACUACAACCUUGGCCACUGUUUUGUACAUCAAGCUCUGAUGUUCUUUGCCCUCUACAUCCUGUUGGUAAUGUUCACCGCCAAGGCCGGUACGCUUUUCGGUUUGAUUCGCUUCUGUUCGACCGUGCUGGGAAUCAUUGUCCUCAAGAUCGAGCGUCUGUGCCAGAUCGGACCCGUUGACCAGUAUACUGCAGAGCUGAGUGAAAUUAUCGAACUUCACCAGCUGGUGAUCAAGUGUUCCCGCCAGCUGCAGAACAUUCUGAUGGAAAUCCUGUUGGCCCAAUUUACUGGCUGCGUGUUUAUAUGGUGCUUUAUGCUGUAUUAUGUUAUGAUAAGUGGAAUAACUGCUGAAGGUAUUGCCGUGGUAGCUAUGCUUAUCGCCUUAUCAACGGAAACGUUCAUCUUUUGCUUGUUGGGGAACGAGCUGACGUUGAAGGGUCUUGAAAUUAUUACGGCUAUGUAUUCCACCAAUUGGUACGAUCAACCGGUCAAGCUACAGAAGAUGGUUGUACCAAUAAUACAGCAAAGCCAACAGCGAAUCGGUAUAACUGCGGCCAAGUUUUACUACAUCGAUUACAACAGAUACGGACAAAGCCUGAAAACCGCCUACUCUUUCUAUCUUCUGCUGAAGGACAUUUUCUAGACAGCAAUUAAUUAUUCACUAGAGCUUUCAGUUGGAUAGAUCGAACACACAGCACCGCGGCACGA